AUGAAGCACCAAGAGGUUUCCGUGGAUUACUGGACCAUGUUGAAGACGAUGUUCACGUACGGCGCUUUGGCAGCACUGUGCUGGAUAAUGCUUCGUCUUUUUCACACUGUGUUCACGCUGCCAAGGCGGUUACGAUCGCAGCAGGAAAGCAUUCAAAACACGCUGAAGGAUCUGCAGGGACGAUACCCGGAUCUCAAUUUAACGGAAGAAGACUUGGUGGAAGCUGAAAAAGAAUUCGAAGAAUUCGCGAUGGAGUGCGAAGCAAAGGCGGGAAGUUCUACGGAAAACUCAAACCAGAAAUAUAAUAUACCAGAAAUCGUUGAACCUACUGAAGAAACCGAAGAAACCAAAAAAGAUAAUUAG